AUGCAUGGAGUUAUAUUCUUUGGAGCUGAAACAGUAUCAGCACUAAAUGACACUCUUGACAAGUGCACCAAACGACCAGACACUCUUGACAAGUGCACCAAACGACCAGACACUCUUGACAAGUGCACCAAACGACCAGACACUCUUGACAAGUGCACCAAACGACCAGACACUCUUGACAAGUGCACCAAACGACCAGACACUCUUGACAAGUGCACCAAACGACCAGACACUCUUGACAAGUGCACCAAACGACCAGACACUCUUGACAAGUGCACCAAACGACCAGACACUCUUGACAAGUGCACCAAACGACCAGACACUCUUGACAAGUGCACCAAACGACCAGACACUCUUGACAAGUGCACCAAACGACCAGACACUCUUGACAAGUGCACCAAACGGUCAGACUACAUUCUUGUUCAAACAAGACGGAAAACGGAUGGUACCGUGCAGGAUUCGAACCCGGAAUAUCGUGACAUCAGCCUGGAAAAAAGAAAAAAAAAAGAUGUUCUCUUCUCCAUAUUUAGAGUGUUGACGAGGACGUGCUCUCGAAUUUCAAAGUUUAGGAAGAAUCAGCUGUUCCAUGGCUGA